AACCACAUGCGUGAAGUGUAUCGAAACUGUUUAUUUCCUUGUAGUUUUCUUUAGGUAUCGAAGUUUUACAAGUGAACAUAGAAGUAUCGUCCAUCAUUUGGAAAGUUAAACGAGCUGAAGUAUGGAUCUACCUUUUAGUUUAGUUUUUGUUCUGUGCAUUUUUUAUUUUUCGAAAACUACUGCAGUUUCUACUACCCCUUCCACACUUCAAUGUGAGGACAAAUUGAUUCGAGACUUGGCCAAGGUUGAGUUCCAAAUGGGAGAAUGGGACACCAAACUUAGAACAUUUGAGGAUGUCGUUCUCUCAGUCCUAUACCGUCGCAAAGAAGAAUCAACUGAUCAACAGGCAAUCUUCCUGAAAAAGAUACAUAAUGAAAUCAAUAUUCAAAAUCUAAAGAUUGAACAGUUCCGCGAGACCCUUGGAGAUAUGGAAGUCGAAGCAAACAGAACCAGAGAAGAAGUUCAUAGAAACAUAAUGGAAAAAGUAAAAACAAACAUAAACACCGGAAAUCUAAUGGUAGAAUAUUCAUCUGAACAAUUAGAAAAGAUUAAAAACGAGGUCAUUAGUAGUACAGAGGAAAGUCAAAGAAGUUUCGGAAGGCAGAUAAAAUCAGUAAUAAAAGAACAAAACGAAACACUUGAAGCGAUCUCCGAAGAAUUAGGCAAAUUCAAAUUUGAAGUCGAGAGUUAUUUUGAAAAUAAUCAAAGGAACUUUAAGGACGAGAUGAACUCAGUAUUGAAAUAUCUAAAUAACACGUUUAAACUAUUUUCCGAAGACAUGGAAAGAAUGCAAAAUGAGAUGGAAAACAUAAGUACUGAAAAUGUAGGGAACAUUGAAAUGAUGAAGGAACUGCAGUAUUUGAUUGGUAACCAAAGCGUAGAAUUAAACAGAUGCUCAGAAGACCUAGGGAAGAUAUGGUUUCAAGUUAAAAACAACACAGAACAAAUCUCAAAAAUUACAGAAACUAUGCGUUGUCACAGGGAAUGGACCUAUGGUAAUGGCUCUUGCUAUUAUGUGUCUGUUGAACAAAAAACAUGGAGCGAUGCUCGUGCAUUUUGUGAACAGUUUGAUGCACAUUUAGCUGUUGUUACAAGUGCAGAUGAAGAACAGAUAACAAAGGAUAUAAUACAAGGGUCGCAUGCAAGGGGCACAUACACAUGGCUUGGAUGUUACGAGCCUGGUGAAGAAGGGAGAUGGUAUUUGGUCACAGGAGAACCAUUCAUUUACACUAACUGGGGGGUAUCAAUCCAAGUGGUGGAGAUCGAGAAAAUUGCCUUGACUGGAGUAAUGGGUGGAAUGACAAUAAAUGUUUCAGUCGUAACUACUUCUUAUGUGAAAUGUGAAAAAGCAGUCAAAUAAAAUCUACUUCUUAACACUUUUUAAACACAGUAUGACCCAAGAAUUAAAAUAUAUAUACUAAUGCGAUGAUACUUCAUAAAAAUAUGCCUCUAUAAACUUUCUUUAUGACGAUUAAAAAUGAUCAAAUAAUUUUCAAUGUAAAUGUUACGCAACAAUUGAGAACUUAACAUUUUUAACUCAACUGAAGACGCUGAAGUACUGUCCACAUAUAUAUAUGUAGAGCCUUAAUUGAUCAUUGUCAUUAUGUUAUUCAAUAUAAGUCAACAUGUUUUAUUGGAAUUUAUAAUUAUGCGGUUUAACACAUGGAACCAUUGAUUGGCCGAAACCAUUUCUUGAUGCAAUUAUGACUUUGCACACUCACCAAGUAAAAAAAAGACUAGCAAGAGAUUCGUCUCGCGAACAUAUCGAACACCUGAUGAAUGAGAAUGCUUCAAACUAGUCUGCAUUUAACGUGGAGUGCGUCUCUGUUUCAUUUUAGAGGGCACAGUGAAAUGUUUCUCUGUUCACAGUGGAUUAAUGAAAUAAGUUAAUGAAUAUAAACAUUGUGUAUUCUUUUAUGCAAUACCGCUGAAGAUUUACUUGAAUACUAUACUAUUCGAUCAGACUGGUAUUGACGUCCUUCUUGAGCAGCAGUUUACAAAUAAUUUUCACUUUUGCUUGACAAUGUGCAAAGUAUUGUUAUUAUUGUUAGUUAAUGAUUAUGUGUUUGGUUAAAAGAAUCUUAAAGCAUACAUAUUUACAGUCGCAAUCACAGAUUUUUUUUUCUGUUUUUUUUUCCUUCUUUUUUUUUAAUGUUUUUUUUUUAUUAUUAUUAUUAUUUUAUUUUUGACGUUUGGCUGUAAAAUGUCUCCCCGUACUUGGAUUCAGUGUUGUUAUAUUUUCUGGACCGUUGGGAUCAUGGAGUCUAUUCAACAUGUGUAAUAGAGUUCCGCUUAAGCCGGUGCUAGGGGGCGUUAGAGGUGUUGCACAUUUCAUUACCUCUCAUGAACAGACUCAAUUAAAAACCGAGUGUGCUAUUAUUAUUCUUGGUUGCAUUCUUUGCCUCCAGAGGAUCUUUUAACAGAUUUUAUUUUAAUAUUUUUAUGAUUGUUCAUUUUUGUUGUUAUAACUUAUAAAAUAACAAACUUGACUUUUCAACAGUAGACAUAUUGAGUCAGAUGGUUUGUCUUUGUAUCUCAUGAUUAAUCCAGGUCUAUUAUUAAUUCGUUUCAGAUGUUGCUUUUAUACAAGUAUUACUUUAAAGAGAAUAGUUCGUACUUAUCAACUAAACUUUAUGACAAGCUUUUGUUAAUGUACUUUAAAAUAUGCGUUUAAUAACAUAUGGGGUUAGAAACAGCAUUAAAUAUUCCAUAUAAUGUAAGUUUUUAAAAAUCUUAAUACUUCUUAAUAAAUAGAGUGCGAGAAUUUUGCUUUGAUUGUAAUGAAGUACAGUGUGAUGAGAAAUAGAUAUUUAAAGCUAUUUCAUGAUCAGUAGUUAUAGCAGUAGAGAACUUGACUUGCGUUGAAGAACAGUAUUAAGGAAAACACUUCCCAAAGUUUGGCUCAGUGUUGUUAUAUAUUCUGGUCCUUUGGGAUCAUCUAAAACAUUUGAU